UAUUUCCAAAUAAUAAAAUUUACUAUCAUGAAUAGGGUGUGUCUUGUGUUACUUUAGUAUUAGUGGUGAUAUGUUUUUGUUGAUCUACACACACUUUUUCCUCCUUGGGACCAACUAUAAGGAAAUUGGUGAAGGUUUGGGGUGUUAUCCAUACCUCUGCAUAGACCAAAGCCUAUGUGGAGAAAAAAGCCACCUAGGCUAAGCAACUCAACUGAUAUAUAAAUAUGAAGGUAUUUAUUUUCAGCUAAAGUAUAAAAAUAAAUGUCAUCUUUAGUAUUAUAUUUAUUAUGGUAACAUGACAUUAUUUAAUCAGAUUGUUGAUUCAUUGUCAUAUUCACGUAUGCCUAAUUCUGCUGGGGAUAGACUCCUUUCUGGUGCAAAGAAAACAAGUGAUGGAAUUUUCUGAAAUGUCUGUACUAAGAGCUGCCUAUUAACUGAGAGGCUUCUUUAGCUUUGUAAGCAAGGGAUGCCACUUCACCACUUAAAGAACCUGUUUUAUUUUUAAAAACAAGAAAUUGUGAUGCAAAGUAUAAAUAUAUUGUAAACCAUUGUCGUGGCAUUUACUACUUUCUAUUAUAAUUAUUUGUUUGCUGGUCCAUUUCACCCUUUUUAAGACAAACAGCUCUUCAAAGCCCAAGAGUUGUGUCUCACUUACCUGAAUCAUCUAUAAAAACCUAUUUUAAUAUUGUUUUAUGCUCUGCAAGAACAAUUUUUCUAUCCUAAGACUCUUCAAUAUGUAAUCUGAUGUUCUGAGAGCAUGCCUGGCAUAUCUAUGAAUUGAAAAUUGUUUUCUAAAUUUUUUAUAUAAGUAGAAACAUCUUUUAAAUAUUACUUAUUACUAAAACUCACAUGAAAUGUGUUAUCCAAAAUGAUACAUAAAGUGAUUCCCAGAAAUUUCCUCUUCAAGUAAAAUAAGAUAUCUAUAACAUUUGGAAUGAUAAGAAAGCAUUUGCUAGAUUUGGAGGAGACAGAAUGAAACAUUUGACCAACUAUUCUCACAUCUAAACUGAAUUGUGCUACUGUCUCUGAUUUGUGCAUUCAGCAAGCAUUCAUUAAAUCUCACUAGGCUACAAUCUAUAUUAUGUCCCAUUGAUGCCAGUUGCAUAUUAUGAGUCAAAUAUUAUCAUGUAUAUCCUGAAUAAUAUGUCAUUCUUAAAUGACAGCAUUUAUCUCCUUCUUUAAAAAGAGGCAAAUGAAAGCAUUCAGUGAAAACCACAAAUGAUACUAUUAUCACUUUUAUAGUCUGUAUUUAAAAGAAAUGUGACAACACUGUUUAUAUUGUACAAAUGUCCUUUAGAUGAAUUGCAAGGAGGACAUUUUUAUAUUCUAAUAUGUGUGGGAUUCACUAGCUGGGAUUCAUUGAUUCAUUACCCAAAUUUUCAUUCCAGGUCCUCCAGGCCCUCCAGGUGGUCUGAGAAUAGAAGACAUCAGAGCCACUUCUGUGGGACUUACUUGGAGCCGUGGCUCAGACAAUCAUAGUCCUAUCUCCAAAUACACUAUCCAGACCAAGACUAUUCUUUCAGAUGACUGGAAAGAUGCAAAGACAGAUCCCCCAAUUAUUGAAGGAAAUAUGGAGGCGGCAAGAGCAGUGGAUUUAAUCCCAUGGAUGGAAUACGAAUUUCGUGUGGUAGCAACCAAUACCUUAGGUAUAGGAGAGCCCAGUAUACCAUCUAACAAAAUUAGAACAGAUGGUGCUGCACCAAAUGUGGCUCCUUCGGAUGUAGGAGGUGGAGGUGGAAGCAACAGAGAGCUGACUAUAACAUGGGCGCCUUUGUCAAGAGAAUACCACUAUGGCAAUAAUUUUGGUUAUAUAGUGGCAUUUAAGCCAUUUGAUGGAGAAGAAUGGAAAAAAGUUACAGUUACUAAUCCAGACACUGGCAGAUACGUCCAUAAAGACGAAACCAUGACCCCUUCCACUGCUUUUCAAGUAAAAGUUAAGGCCUUCAACAACAAAGGAGAUGGACCUUACAGCCUCAUAGCAGUCAUUAAUUCAGCACAAGACGCCCCCAUUGAAGCCCCAACAGAAGUUGGUGUAAAAGUCUUAUCAUCUUCUGAGAUAUCUGUUCAUUGGAAACAUGUUUUAGAAAAAAUAGUGGAAACUUAUCAGAUUCGGUACUGGGCUGCCCAUGACAGAGAAGAAGCUGCACACAGAGUUCAAGUUAGCAGCCAAGAGUACUCAGCCAGGCUGGAGAACCUUCUGCCUGACACCCAGUACUUUGUGGAAGUCGGGGCCUGCAAUAGUGCAGGGUGUGGACCUCCAAGUGAUGUGAUUGAAACCUUCACCAAGAAAGCACCUCCUAGCAAGCCUCCAAGGAUCAUCAGUUCAGUAAGGUCUGGUUCACACUACAUAAUCACCUGGGAUCAUGUCGUUGCACUAUCAAAUGAAUCUACAGUGACAGGAUAUAAGGUUCUCUAUAGACCCGAUGGCCAGUAUGAUGGCAAGCUGUAUUCAACUCAUAAACACUCCAUACAAGUCCCAAUCCCCAGGGAUGGAGAGUAUGUUGUAGAGGUUCGUGCACACAGUGAAGGAGGAGAUGGAGUGGUGUCUCAAGUCAAAAUUUCAGGUGCAUCCACCCUAUCUCCCAGUCUUCUCGGCUUACUUCUGUCUGUCCUUGGCAUCCUCGUCUACUUGGAAUUCUGAAUGUAAUACGACAGCUGCUGUUCCCAUCCCAGCUCAGAGGACAUGCUUCAUCCCUGGGAUGACUACAAUUCCUUCCAAUUUCUGUGGCUCCACCCUAAGCCAAAUAAAUUAUACUUUAACAAACUAUCCAACUGAUUUACAACACACAUUAUGACUGAGGCAUUCAGGAACCCCUUCAUCCAAAAGAAUAAACUUUUAAAUGGAUAUAAAUGAUUUUUAACUCGUUCCAAUAUGCCUUAUAAACCACUUAACCUGAUUCUGUGACAGUUGCAUGAUUUAAUCCAAUGGGACAAGUUACAGUGUUCAAUUCAAUACUAUAGGCUGUAGAGUGAAAAUAAAAUCACCAUACACAGGUGCUUUAAAUUUAAUAACGAGUUGUGAAAUAUAAUAGAGGUUGAAAUGUUGGUCGUAUGUGAUAAAUGUAAGAGUAAUACAGUCUCUUGUACUAUCCUCGCGGUUUUGGGUCCUGCAUAUUUUUGAGUGGCCCCUAUCAUUCGUGACAAUAUGAGUUUUCCUGGGGAAAAAAAGUAGAGUAUAACUGAAACAUUUUGACAUAAGUCCCAUUUCCAAAUUAUUUUUUCUGAAUGAGUUGAAAGAUUUUGAAUUUUAAAAACUAAAUUCUGGAACUUACUGUCAGUAUUCUUAUUUUAAAAGUAAGUAAUUUUCUAAAUAUUUGAUUUUCCAAAUCAAUAAUACUUUUCAGUUAGUUUUUAAUAAUAAAGCAAACAUGCCAUGUGAAAAUUUUUUUUACUUUUAUAAUCUACUGUGAAGUUAUUUUAUGCUUUUCUUAUCUUCAAUUCCAAACCUCAAAAAUCAUAACUCAUCUAGAGUAUCAUUAUAUUACUGUGUUUGUUCAUAUGUGGGAUGAUGAAUUUUGAAAAACAGAGUGCUUCCUUAUGAAUUGAGAUGUGUCAGUCUUCACACAGCUAGGAAUAAAGGACAGUUAAAUGAAUAUUAGAAUUACCUGAUAAUAUUCUAGUAUCCUCGAUUUUGUGCUUCAUUCCUAAGUAUAACCUUUCUUUUUUUUUGGAGAUGUGGGAUCAAGAAAUCACCUGUAGGUCAGAAAAGCUACAGAAUUUCUUUUUUUGUUGUUUUUAAAUUGUUUUAAAGCUCAUUUCCCACGUUAACGCAAUACUGAAAACUGGCUAAAAAUACCAAAUCUAUAUAUUGCUAAUGGUACUUUGAAGAGUAUGCAAAACUGGAAGGCCAGAAGGAGACAGAUAAUGUGUCUUUCCAAUGGUGUCUCCCAAGUGUUGGUGCUUUGGGUUUUUAUAGGUUGUGAAAAGGAAGAUGCACAUUUCUUCAUUCUCCAUGGUGUGCACGGAAAUGUGUUUGAGUGUGGAUGUAAAAGAAAGUAAUAAAGAAUUAGCUGGCUUGUGAAAUAGUGCAAUGUCAGAUGAUUCAAGAGGUGUAAUCCUAUUUUAUUAGCACAACCUUGCGAGCUAAUUAGAGAUAGAGUUUAUCUUUUUAGAAAGGAUACCUUAUAGGUUCAUAAAAAAAAAUAUUUACAGGAAGCAAAAUAGAACUAUUACUACUUUAUCCCCUUUUCUUUAAUUUGUAUAAUUUUUGUACUAUAUAUCUAUGUGUAAAUGUUUAGAGCCUUCAUUAUGAAAAUAUCAAUAAAUAUUUCAUUAGUUUACAUUUAACUCUUUGUUAUAAAAUGAAACUUUUUAAAGUAAGUGAAAUGGAUGAUUUCCCAGUGGAAGUAUGUCAACAGUCUUCAGAUCGUUGCCAGAUUUCGUAAAAUAUUUAAUUAUUUGAAAAAGAAACAAAAUGUCUUCAUACUUUAGGGGAAACCAAUAUUCUGUAAGCCUUCUGUACAAAUGUUUGUGUUUCAUUGUUACACUUUGGGGUUUUCCUUUUGCAAUGUGACCCAUGUUGGGCAUUUUUAUAUAAUCAACAACUAAAUCUUUUGCCAAAUGCAUGCUUGCCUUUUAUUUUCUAAUAUAUGGUAAUAGCAAGCAAAACUGGUUAGAUUUUGCAUGAGAUGGUUCUGAAAGGUAAGAAGAAAGCAGACUUUGGAGGUUGUUUAGUUUUAAAUUUCUGACAGAGAUGAAGUAGAUUAAAAUCUGUCAUACACUGAUAACUCAAGCUUUUCAUUUUCUCAUACAGUUGUACACAUUUAACUGGGACCAUCAGUUUUAAAUUGCUGUCAAGCUAACUAAUGUAUCUUCUGCUUUAAGACACAAGAUUCUUAAUUAAACUUUAUAUAGAUAUAGAUACAUCUGUUGUUUCUUUGUAUUUCAGGAAAGGUGAUAGUAGUUUUAUUUGAUACUGAUAAAUAUUGAAUUGAUUUUUUUAGUUUUUUUUAUCAUUUUUUCAAUGGAGUAGUAUAGGACUGUGCUUUGUCCUUUUUAUGAAUGAAAACAAAUUAUAAAGAAAUAAAUGUCUUACUGUUACCCAAGAAA